CAACGCAACAACAAAAAAUGUCUUACGCUAAACUCAAGAAUACUUGCAACGCCAGCACUUUGGCCGAGCAAAGUAACAAAAAACCGAACUACACACCAGGCAAGGCGUUGAAGCAGACAUUCAAGUUACUUAAAAGCGUCUUCAAGUCAACAACAGUCAGCAAAGCAGACGACAACAACAAUGUGAAGCAACAAAUCACAGUCACAAAACCACAAGCAGUAACUGAGAUGCCGCAAGCAGCAAUCGAGCCACUGCAACUUCAACACGAAGUCGAAGCGUCCGAACUCAACUCUAGCAUACUAACCACUUGCUCAACACUCAGCGCUGAGGAGUACGAGAACGAAUUGAAUGAGGUAGCUGAGUUGGUGACCGCAAACAAAUCGAUCAUUAUUGAGUAAACUGUUGACGAACGCUACGAUACUUCACUGAUGUUCGUGGAUGUUGAUGAAUCCUAUUGGCAAGCCGUUGGUGCCUUCUAGGACCUGGUUCGUCCUUAAACCGCACCGUUUACAAUACCACAACAAACGCUUUAUAUUCUCGAAGCUUUAAUAGUUUAUAUAUAGCUAAGCGUAUAUACAUGUGUACAUAUAUGUGUGUGUGAUGCAGUCGAACUGCCAAGCUUUGUUCUCGAUGUGCCCUCGCCCUUAUACG